AUGAGUUCUGUACGUAAGAUUCAAUUAUUAAGUGAACAACAAACAAUCAUGAAUUGUGAUAGUAAGUUUAAUGAUUCAUUUUGGUCAGAAGUUUUUAAAACAGUCGAUAAAAAUCAUGAUGGACGAAUAAAUAAAAAAGAAUUUAAAAAAUUCAUGUUAACUAAUGGCGGUAAAUUUACUACAAGUGAUAUUAAAAAAAUAUUUGCUUAUUGUGAUACAGACAAUAGUGGUUAUAUUGAUUUUUUGGAAUUCAAAAAUUUUAUGGAAGGACAUUGA